AUGUCGAAUCUGUACGAUGUGCUGGGCAUCCACCAUGAGGCGGAGGAUGAUGCCAUCGCAAAGGCGUAUCGCCGCCAAUCCAUGGCGUUCAACCCACAGUGCAACCCUAACCAUCCUGACCCAAAGGCCCUUGAGAAGCAGUUCAAACACGUGUCGCAGGCAUACGUGGUGCUAUCAAAUCCCAAGGCACGGGGCAUCUACGACAUGUACGGUGAGGAGGGCGUUCGACACGGUGGGACAGGAAAUCAAUGGGUUCCUGGAGGUAUUGACCUCGAUGCUAUUGACCCAUAUGAAGUGUUUCGUUGUUUUUUUGGAGUGGAUAAUCCGUUUCAGGUUAUUGGAGAGAUCAGUGGGCUACGCAACAACCAACACAAUUUCUUCAGUACCAGUGCCGUUAUUCCCAAAACUCUUGUAAAAGUCCCACCCAUUGAGGUCUCAUUAUCCGUGUCACUAGAGGACGUGUUCUAUGGUGCGAUGCGUCGCGCCACGUGGCAGUCCCACCACGUGCGUCAGGGGCAAGAGAUCAUCACGGAGGAGAGUUUUGAUCUUCGUGUGCCCAAGGGUGCCCACGCCGGUGACAGGUUUGUUGUAGACGGAAAGGGCAACUGGAAGGAAGGAUUUGCGCGUGGGGAUGUUGUGGUGGUGCUGGAGCUGCUGCCUCAUGACCGUUUCCGGCGCGAGGAAGAUGACCUUGUUGUUGUGAUGCCAAUCACACUUUGUGAGGCACUUUGUGGCGUCACGCUUACUGUAAAGACAAUGGAAGGGGUCGACAUCACGGUUCUUAUUGAUGAGAUUGUGCAUCCCAAGUACCGCCGUCGGGUUGCGGGCCAGGGACUACCGCGCAACGAGGAUCUUUCCAACCCCCGUGGUGAUCUCAUCGUGGAGUGUGACACGAAGUUUCCCGGUUUCCUAACGCUAGAGCAGAAGUCGGAAUUGCGACGCAUUCUGGAUGUGAAAUGA